AUGUCUCAGAACAUUGAUCAUUAUCCAUUGACUACUUCGUCUUCAUUAUCAUCUCCAAGUAAUAAUAAUAAUAAUAAACGACUUCUAUCCCAUCAACACUUUCUUCCGACCUCAUCAGACUUCAAUACACCUUCAUCAGUAGUGAGCAACAUUCAAAAUGAUUCGCCAUCAUCGCAAUCUUAUACGCAACUCUAUACAUAUAACAUGGCAGAAAACGAUAACGAAGACCUUCAUUCUCCUUUUGAACUAGAUGUUCCACUCUGUGACAAUCAACCAUUAAAAAAAGUUCAAAAUGAUUUUCUUAUCGAUCGCAUGUUGAAAGAUGAGAGUAACUCAAAUUUCAAUUUACAACAUCGAUCUUCUAAUCAACAAUCUUAUAUAAAUGUUCUCAAUCAUUCAUCACCUCUUCUCACACCAUCAUCUGAUCAUCAUGAUAUUGAUGCAUUAAGUGAUGCAGGUACAUAUAUUAUUGAAGAUGAUGUUGAUAUUGCACGUGAUGAUGAACCUGAACAAGAUAUUGAACAACAAAAUGAUACACAAGACAACACUUCACCACCAUCAACAUCAUCUUCAUUUAAACGAUAUGCAGCAACAAAAAAAAAUCGUCAUGGAACAUUCGAUAUUCAUGGUACAUCAUCAAAAACAACGCAUACUGUCAAUCGUCCCAUUGUUGAUUUAAAUGUUCCAACACAUGAUUUAUCACUACCGUCAUCAUCAUCAUCAUCAUCAUCAUCGGCUAAUUCAUCCCCUUCUUCAUCUCUUCUUUCAUUACCAACAGAAACUGAUAAUAGUAUACGCAAAGAACCUGAAGGUGCCUCUCAUCAUAUUAAUAUUGAUGAUAAGUCUUCCACGGGUGUAAUUUAUGCAGUACAACGGCCAAAUACUCUUUUACAACAUCAACAACAACCACGUUGUAUAACUCCACCACAAAAUCUAAUAAAACCAGCUGAAUGUUUUGUUAUUUCACCAACAUUUGAAACAAAACCUUUUCCGAAUACAACAACUACUGCGCCAAGACGAAAACUUGAGACUCAAUGGAAACCUAAAUCAACAACAGCUGUUGUUCCAACUAAAGAUAUUAAUUUUGAAGUUCCAUCAAAAAGUUCUCCAUCAUCACCUCCACUUUCAGCUCGUUCAAAUCAAAGUGAUACAGAAAAAUUUUCAUUUCAUCUUCAACAACAACAACAACCUAUACGUCGUCUUGAUUCUAAACAACAAUCAUCUUCAUCAAAUUUAAAACCUUCAGUUAAUAAUUCUGAUUAUAUACCAUCUUCAUCUAAACCAUCACUUCGACCACAUACUAUAAUUAAUGAUCAAACAAAUUUAUCACCAUUUCAACGUAACUCAUCUAUACGUCAAACAAUGCCAGCUAAUACACACUAUAAUCGACAAUUACUUGCAUCAAAAAUCACAGCAACAACAAAAUAUGUUGAUGAUAACGAAGAAAUUUCAUCAUCAAAUCCAAGUUUAACUAAAGUUUAUAUGAAUAAAUCAUUUGCAUUACGUCGACAACAUGCGAAUCUUACACCAUCAACAUCAAAACCAGUACAACAACAACAACAACAACAACAACAGCAACAACAACAACAACAACAGCAACAACAACAACACACAAUAUCAAAACCAUUACCAACACGUCAAAUAUUAAAACCAACAACAUCUGUUCAAUCAGCAUCUAUUCCAUCAACAACAUUAUCAAUAAAUAAUUCAAGUGGACAAACAAAUCGUGCUGUUGAAUUACGUCGUGCACGUGCACAAGCAAAAAUUGAAGAAUUAGCACAACGUACAAGACGACAAUUACAAAAAACUGAAUUACCUAAUGAUAUAAUGAGUGCAUCAUGGCAUAGUAAUGCAAGUAGUACAAGUAAAAAAGAUUUUUCACAUUUACGAGCAAAUCCUCGAUCAACUAUUACUACUACGAAUAAUAAUAAUAAUAAUAUUUCAACACAAAAACAAGAUUUACUAAAAACAAGAACAAUAUCAUCAACAUCACAUCAUCGAUCAUCAUCAGCAAGUCCAAAUCCAUUAGGAGAGACAACAAUAACAAAAACAUUGAAAUAUCGAAAACCAAUGGUAUCAAGUGUUACUAGUGAAUCACAAUAUCAAAAAAUGAAUGGAAGUUAUUACAGUGAAGAAGAACGAUGUGAUUCAUUGCGUGAUGAUGGACAAAGAUUAGCAAUUAAAUUAAUACAACUUUCAUCUGGAAUAUUGGCAAAAUUGAAACCGAAUAAUGCUGCAAGUGACAAUGAUUCGAAUGUGCGGGAAUUAGAACAACUUGUUGAUCAAUUACAAACGGUCAAUCGAACAUUGAGUACUAUCGAUGCUUCAUUAACCGGUUCGACCAGUGACGAAAAUUUGAUGUAA